AUCUCAAUUGAUCGACAUCAUAUUAUAGAUGUCUACAUUUAAACUCCAAAUUCUCUACUUAUUAACCUAACUUUAUGAAAAAUCUAUAUUAUAUACUUUUAUCAUCUCUAAUCUCCUUAAUGGCUUAAUCUCUUUUGGACCCAUCUGCAAGGAGCUUUAAUAUAUCUUUGAUAAUUUCUCCAGAAAAUAUAUAGUUAAUGGUUCUAGUUUCUCGCAUGGCUUCAGUAGUUGCUCCGUUACUUCUUCAUAACACCCCCAACCAACAUUCUAGCCUCCCAUAUCUCUCCCAUUCCCAACCUUUGUUUUCAAGAUCCACUCAUCAUAAAUCCAAACUUAUCUUCCUUUCAAAAAAUACUAAUACUUCGCCGGUAUUAUUCCUCAAACGCUCUUCUUCUUCAUCCAGAUCGUCCACGCUGGACGAUUUAGAAGAAGAAGAAGAAGAAGAAGAAGAAGAAGAAGACACUGAAGAAGAUGAAGAAGGAGAAUCGCAACCACCACCCUUGAGCGAAGUAUGGAGGGAAAUCCAAGGCAAGAACAACUGGGAAGGUCUAUUAGAUCCAAUGGACUCCAACCUACGCAAAGAAAUCAUUCGAUAUGGUGAACUCGCUCAAGCGUGCUACGAUUCAUUCGACUUCGAUCCACACUCGAAAUAUUGUGGAACAUGCAAGUAUCAUCCUACACAUUUCUUUGAGAAACUGGACAUGCCAGAUUGUAGUGGAUACACCAUAAGUAGGUACCUCUAUGCAACAUCAGAUAUCAAUCUUCCUAACUUCUUUCAGAAAUCAAAGAUCUCAGAUGUGUGGAGUACACAUGCUAAUUGGAUGGGUUACAUAGCUGUUGCCACUGAUGAACAAGAGAUCAAACGUUUAGGACGCCGUGACAUAGUUAUUGCAUGGAGGGGCACAGUGACAUACAUAGAAUGGAUAUACGACCUAAAAGACAUCCUACAUGAAGCAAACUUCAAGAACGACCCAACAAUCAAAGUAGAAUCAGGAUUCCAUGAAUUAUACACAAAAAAAGAAGAUUCAUGCAAUUAUUGUUCCUUCUCAGCUCGUGAACAAAUACUCUCCGAAAUAAAACGCCUUAUCGAAUACUAUGAAGAGGAAGAACUUAGCAUCACAAUCACCGGACACAGCCUCGGCGCAGCCUUAGCCAUACUCAGCGCAUAUGACAUAGCCGAAUUAAAACUAAAUGUCGUUAAAGAUGGCGACGAAACAACUACUAUCCCCAUAACGGUUUACUCGUUUGCGGGGCCUAGGGUUGGGAAUUUGAAAUUUAAAGAAAGGUGUGAGGAGCUUGAUGUUAAAGUUUUGAGAAUAAUAAAUGUUCAUGACAUGGUUCCAACUGUGCCAGGGUUUAUAACAAAUGAGAAAUUUCAAUUUCAAAAGUAUAUCGAAGAUGCAUUAUCUUUUCCUUGGAGUUAUGCACAUGUUGGAAGUGAAAUUAAAUUGGAUCAUAGAGAAAGUCCUUUUUUGAAGCAAAAUGGUGACAUGGGUUGUGCACAUAAUUUAGAGGUAUUAUUGCAUUUAAUGGAUGGGUAUCAUGGUAAAGGGAAAAAAUUUAAUUUGGUAUCAAAAAGAGAUAUUGCACUUGUGAACAAGAGCUGUAAUUUGCUACGGAGUGAGUAUGGUGUACCACCAUAUUGGAGACAAGAUGAGAAUAAAGGAAUGAUUAGAUCCAAUGAUGGAAAGUGGGUUGUGCCUGAACGGCCAAGAUUGGAAGCUCAUCCACCACAUACAGCACAUCAUCUUCAGUUAGUGCUACAAAAUCACAUUCUUGUUAAUGGUAGCUUUAAAUCAGGGACCACGUGAUUUUAUAUAUGUAGGGGAAAUUAAGGAAAAAAGAUAUAGAAGGAAGAAAAUAUAAUGUGUGAUGAUUAAUUUGAUAAGAAUAUAUAAGAUGACAAAAGAUGAAUGGAUGUAUGCAUGUAUGUGUUGUUUUUUA